AACACCACCAGUUCGACAACGGCGGCGACGAGGCUUAGAAAACCGACGCGGCGAAGAGGUCCCUUCCGAUUAAAAGUCGCUAGCACUCAACGAUGGCAUCCAUCACGAAUUAUGUCCGAUACAUGGCUCACAAGCUCGAGUACUCUCUCACUCUCAGCCUCAAGAAACAUACUAGAGAGAAGCUCAGUGACCGGGAACUCCUUGGUAUAGUCAUGAAGAAUCUAUUCUAUGGAAGGAUAACAUACUUACACUCGGAUAAGGGGCAAGAGAUGGCCCCAACUAUGGGAACAAAUGAAAACACGCUACUUGUCCGUAAGCUGCCAGUUGUUGAUACAAGGUACAUUUUCGUUGGGGAUGCUGUUGUCUUCAAGGACCCGAAUGAAAAAAAGAAGUAUAUAGUCAGAAGAUUAGCAGCUGUAGAGGGAUCUGAAAUGGUAUCAAGUGAUGAGAAAGAUGAGCCUUUUGUUCUCGAAAAGGAUCAGUGCUGGGUCGUAGCUGAGAACCAAGAGAUGAAAUCUAAGGAAGCAUAUGAUAGUCGAACAUUUGGUCCGAUUUCAAUGGCGGACAUAGUGGGAAGAGCUAUAUAUUGUCUGAGGACAGCCGUGGAUCAUGGUCCAGUAAGCAACAGUGAAUUUGCCAUGGAAGAGGAUUCACCAAUCCUGGCGGUAGAACUCGAUGUGGAUGAAUUGGCUAAAGACCACAAGGCGUAAUAAUGAAGAACCUUUCUUGCACCACUUUUCACUGUGUCUUUGUUUCACUUAUAAACUCCAAUUUAGUUGUCAUUGGAGAUAUUUGUGGCAAAUGUUGGCCCGUUGGUUCUUAAGCUUGAUAUGGAUGCUGUUGAGUGUUGAGGAAACGGUUCAUCAUGAGCUUUUCAUCCUCUAGAAACAACCAUUUCUUCCAAACCAUGGUUUUAAACCGAACCGAAGAAGACUGUGACGAAAAUAAUAAUAUGAAAUUGAUUCUGAUU